CGAAGAAAAGAACAUUUCGAUCAAAGUAGUCAUAACAGCGCGUGUGUGUACUGGGAGGAACGCCCCACAAUUAGAACAGAAGACAAACAACGAACGCGUACUAAAUUAUCCACAAAAUGAAAACGAAAUUUCCCUGCGAUGACAAUGCCCACGCCGAGCACGCUCGUUUGCUAGCCGUUUGGAGGAGUUGCGAAUACAUACGGUGCCAGCUAGAACCGGUCGCAGAAAAGCUACGGCUACAGUUCCAGCAGCAAGAUUACUGCCAUUCCGGCACGAUACCGGUGUACCUGUUUGCCAACAUCCUUGCCUGCCACCUGGGAGAAGCUGUGAGCAAGGAGUCAGUUUGUCAGCUUGCCGAAUACUUUAGCGCCUCUGCUGGCCGCACGUCGUACGAUCAGUUUUGCGAUGUUCUGUUCGGCAAAGAGAAGGGUACCCGCUCGCCCUAUGAUGGUGAUGUUCGCGACCAUCCUGACGAUCGCUUGUCCGUGUACGAACAUCGCAAGCUGGCGCUGAUGCUGAUGUCGAUCGCGAAAGCGUUGCGCUAUCGGGAGCACGUGCUAACGCCCUACUUCGAGGACUACUCGCUGACGACCAACACGGCACCGUACUGCACGGUACGGUAUGCGACACGCGUGCUUUACUUUUUGGGAGUAACGCUCGCCAAGCCGGACACCGUUCUGCUCGUAAAGCGCUUCUCGACCAAUGGGCAUAAUUUCAACUACAAAGCAUUUAUCGACGAGAUCGAUCGGCUGGUUCGCUAUCUGGAUGCGCACGACGGUGCACUCGACCGGGAGAAGGAUGAUGCGGCAGUGCCACCGAAAAUCAUACACACCCACCUGCCCAAGGUGGAUCGUACCGAGAUUGGUACCGUACCGUUGGCCACCCUGCUGGGUAAGCGUUUCGCUUUCCAUCCCUGUUUGGAUGCGGCCCGGCGGGACUAUGGGCUGGAGGAACUGCUUUCGCGCAUACAGCGGCACAUUUGGAAUGGGUCGAUCGGUGCGAAGGACUUUUUCCAGCCGUACGAUCCGCAGCGCUGUGGAUGGAUGGCCAAGAGCACCUUUAUCCGCUGCCUGGACGUGAUAGGACUUUCGCCCCUCGAUCGAUUGCCGUUGAAUGAGCGGGAAAUUAAGCAGCUUUGCAAACGAUACGCUGACCCGAAGGAUCCUUGCAAAGUACACUGGACGGCUUUUGUCGACGAAAUGGAGCGGGUGUUUACGGAGAAGCAUCUGGACAAGGGAGCGUUCAAGCAGAUCGAAAGUCCUCCACAGGCGGUGAAGAAUUUACCGCACCCUGGGAAGGAAGAGCUGGCCGAGGACGCACUCCACGAAGCUGAGCGGGUUGUACGUGAGCUGAAGCGCAAAAUCGCCUGCAAAAGCAUAUUGAUCGAGCCACCGUUCCAAGAUUUCGAUACGCAUCGUAACGGUCACGUUAGCUUCAGUCAAGCUCGGGAAGUGUUUUCCAUGUGUGCCGUGCAUCUGGAGGAGCGGGAAGCUUUCCUCCUGGAAAAGCUGUACGGUGACGCAUUGGGCUUUGAUUACAAUCAAUUCCUAAAGGAUGUUGGAGUGACGGUUCCAGCCGAUGAGAACAGCACACUGCCGUAUCGAAAAAUUAUCGAAAUGAUCAACAAAGACCAAACGGGACCGGCAGAACCGAAGCCCUGGGAGCGAGAUAUCGUUCGAGUGCUGGCAAAGGUGAAGGCCCAAACCGUGCGGCGCCGGUUACGGUUGGUAGAUUUUAUGGAUGGAUUUGAUCCGCUAAACCACCACCGUAUCAGUGAUGAGCAGUUCUGCCGAGGACUGUCAACGGCCAGCGUUCAGCUGACUCCGAACGAGAUGCAGCUGCUGUGCGAGCUGUUCCGCACACCCACCUGCCAGACGGUGGACUACAGGCGGUUCUGUGAUACCGUUGCCGAAGUCGACUAUCAACCGUACCUGGAGCGAGCCCCGCUGCUGGUACCGUGCAGCCAUUUUCCGGCCGACGAGCAGCCGGUCAAUUUUCUUAACUUCCACGAGCGAACCAUCCUGUCCAAGGUGCUGCAGAAGCUCGCCCGCCAUGCGGACAUUGUGUCGAAUUUGGGCUCGCUGCUGAAAGAUUUCGACCGGCAGCAGAUCGGACACGUGAGCCGAAACCAACUGUUGCGCGCGUUCGCAACGCGUGACCUGCACACACGCAUCUCGAGCCGCGAGUUCGAGACGCUGUGCAAGUAUUUUGCGGUGGAAGUUGGCUAUCGACAGGAAGUUAACUACCGUGCGCUGCUGGACGCAUUGGAUUAUUUGUACGAAAAUCGAGAAGUUCAUCCAUUUUAAGCACGUUUUAUUCUGUCAAAUGAAGAUUGUUAUACCUGCAAGAUGUAUAGAAUGGAUUUUUAUUAGAAAACACUAA